CCGAUAGAAAGUAUAAAAUCGAUAUUGCCAUCGGAGUAAACUGCUGCCAAUUGUUGAGGCUUGUCUUUAGAUUCAUAUUUUUUUUUUACUACAUUUUUUGCGUUCGCACACGCAAUAAUUUAAUGAAACGCAAUUGAUAUUUGGGUGUGCUGGUGCAAAUGGAUCAGUUCUCGCACGACUUGACCCUCGCCCUGGAGGAGACAUCGCUCAUGGACAGGGCGUGCGGCGUCGGUAGGUGGGGCUCGCGUCGAAGAACUCGAUCAACGGGUAAUUUGCCUUGUGCGCCGCAGCCCACAGAGGAUUCGUCGAGCAGCCCCACAGACACAUUGAACAAUGCACACGGGCUCGGACACGGAGCACAUUCAAAUGCCAAUGCGAAUGUGGAUGGUCUGGACCCUCAUAUACACGUUGACAUGCUGCCAGCGAGCGAUUCGGAUGACAAAGCAGAGGCAAUGCUUCCACUGCGUCUUCCUGUCAAAACACUCAAUGCUGCAGCUGCCGUUCGCAUGGGCACAGGAGCCCUCGAGUCGGACUCAUUGAACGAAACCAAUUUUAGUCCAGCGCGCUUUUACAAGCCAAAUUCACGGCGGAAACGAAAGAUCAAACGUAUGUCCAUGGAGUUUGAGUUUAGUAAAGACAACAACCUGGCUGUGUCGCCGCAUAGCUUCACGGAGUCACCGCUACAUCCGGGCAUGCUAGGAGGCUGCAUCUCCGGCACGGGCACAGUACGUAAGCGUCUGCUGAAGGCGGAGAGUGGAAAUCGAUCGCAUUUGUUUUUUUGCGGCAAACGGAAGCGCUCCAAUCGUGAUCGCUAUCACGAAUGCGAUCACGACGCAGGCGUUGCACGCGACGGUGGCGGCUGUGCCGUCUCCAGCAAUUUACACUCAUCGAGCAUGCCGCGCUACACGCACAUGGAGGAGUACCAUAGGAUGCGACCCCGUAGCUACUCAUCCACAUCGAAGCCGCACAGCGACCGCCUACUGCCGCUUAACAAGGGGCUGCUCUCCAAAAUCAAUCGCAUUGCGAAAAAUCAAACGCAACAAGCACAAAAGACUGACAACACAUCGAACAUGGAGGAGGGCCUGGAGCCGGAACAGGCAGAGGCGCAGGUGCUGCUCCAAUCUGCACAAACGGCGGCCAAGCAGCAACAACAACAGCAGCUAGAUCUGAACGAGAGUUCAGCCAGUUGCGCUGGCCCUGGUGGCUUCGGCAUGGAAACACUUGUGCCUGUCAACGACAUUGAGACGCUGCUGAAUCACUCGGAUAAAAUGCCGCAGCAGCUUCCUGUGGACAGCGCAAUCACAGACUUCAAUCACAUGCAUCGCAAGAAAUCGCAUUAUGGCCACAUCCACGGCAGUGGCUCCACGACGAAGUCGCAUCGCAGGCGCCGCUUCUGCCAGACGCCGCAAUCGAUGCAGGUGCAGUCAAUGGACUGCAGUGAGCUGUACGAUUUUCUUAGCUCCAGUUCGCUGAGCUCCUCGUCGGACAGCGAUGAUGGCCAUCGACUGCACGAUACGGAUCGCGAGGGCGACGACGAGCUGACCGAUUGGCCCGGCAACGAAUUUGGCCCCGGCGGCAAAUACGAUCCCAAGCGCAAGCUGACCAAGAAAUCCCUGUUACCCCAAAUACGCUCCGAUGAUACAAUUGGCGAGGAUGACACGCUAAUGUCCGGCACGGAGGCCACAGCAACGAUGCCUUUCACAGAUAGCUACGGCGGCGGCACCUCGCAGUCGCCUCCGCUUACAGAUGCUUUGCAGGAUUUGUCACGCUUUCAGCUGGCCGCCAGCUCAGAGCCGAUUGAGAUCAGCGGCGGGGGCGCCAACCGAAGCGUUGGCUUCAUUGACGUCAACAUCUGCAUGGACACGGAGCGCAGCAUGAAUGGCAUGCCAACCAUUGUGAAGCAGAUCGAGAGCGAGAUGUCCGGUGAGACAUCCAAUCCAUUCCUCUCCUCGUCACCGCCCCUGCAAAUGCUGGAGGUGCGCGAGAUACGCGCCGGCUGCCGACGCAUCAAUGGCAACGAUCGGCCCGGUUUCAGCAUAAAAUUAGGCGUUAAUGAACGGCUUGCGCGCUUCCUGCAGGAUGCGCGCCAGACUCAGAUCCGUCUGCCGGACAUUGAGCUCUACGAGCAGGAUAGCCUGCUCAACCUGGCCACACUCUACUCGCUCAGCAUGGUCGUCGAGAACGGCUGCACCGUGCUAACGAAGACCAGUUGCUUUCUAUACGACAGAAACACUACUCAAUCCGUACACAUCGAUCCGCAGCGCGACCUACAGCACCGGCCGGACUUGUUUGGCGACUACAAGCGACGAUGCUAUGGCGGAGAUGCAGCUGACCCCACGGCACCCACAUCCGUGACGCCGUCGGCGGCCAAUGCCAACGCCAAUGUGAGCGCUGCCAUGUCGCCAGCUGUCGAGAUGCUGCCGAAGCCGUGAAGUGAGGUGAACUAAUCAAACAGCAUACAAAUAAGAAAAUCACAAACAAACGAGGAACAAGAUCAGAAUUUAAUACAAUUAGCAGACCAGGCGACGACGGCAUCUGCGCGGCAACUGACGGCCAGUGGAUGCUCCAAUGUGAAGAGAACCGAUGACCACUGAGUGGAUGCUCCAAUCUAAAGUCGAAUCCAAGAGCGUUUCGCCUCAGGAUUCGGGGCAGGGCGCCUGUGCAACUGUUAUUAUUUUUAGCGUAUAUUUUAAGUUUUUAAUGCGUUUCGUAUAGUGUAGCUUUUACAUGAGCU